UCUCACGUUUGUUGUAUCAUCUCUGAACAAGAUUGAUGAUAAGGAUUAUGCGUGGAGAGCUACACUGAUGAUCGAAUUAGUCAAAUGCAACAUUGAUGCUGGUAACAUUCAAGAGGCCAGUAAACUGACGACGUUUGCAUUCACUUUUUGUCAAACACAUGCACCACAAUUUCUACCGGAAUUUGUUCAUCUUCAAGUGGAGUAUGACCUCACUGAUAGAAAGGCACUUGAGAAUACUCUUCCCAAUAUUUUUCUUGCUUGUCACAGCAGACUCUCUCAUCUCAAUGUGCUGAGAAAGAAUCCGGACAAGCGACAUCUGUUUCAACAGAAAGCUAAGAAACUCAUCUCGUUAAUUACAGAAGUGAACAAGACAGAACCCAGAAAGAAAAGCUUACGUAACAAACAAGCACUGGCUGAAGAAGAAAAAGUAUUAUUACUGAGGACAUUGGCUCAUUUGUGCUUGGAAGAAGGAGAAGCUAACAUAGCAGAGAAGGCUGUGGUAGGAAUUCCAUCAUCAGCUAAGGAAGAUGCUGCUGUGGCUGUGGAUAUUGAGUAUUUAGAAUGUGAGAUGAUAGUUAAACGACUUGGUGGUUUGCAGGAGAUGCAGACACUAAAAAUAAUUGAUAUCACAGAGAAUGCUGUUAAACGAUGCUGUCAAGCUAUUCAGUCAGCAAUCCGUAUAGAACGCACCGAUUUGAUUCAAGCUGGUUGUGUGCUUCUUUGGAAUCUCUGCUUGCCACUCUUACAACCCUACAGCAGAGGCAAGGCUGCAAAAGCUCUUCGAAUGAUAGCUGAUACACUUGAAACGAUAGACAGUUUGUUGAUUGAUUUGCGUUGUCUUGCCCAUAUGGAACUUGCUAAAUGUGAUUAUGAUACAGAACGUUUGGAAAUGGCUCUUGAUAAUAUUGACAAGGCAAUUGCACUUGAUUAUCAAGGCACUUACAGUGAAUAUCUAUUGAUGAGACGUGAAAGACUUGUCCUGAAGAAACAAAGGAAUAUCAUUCCACCGAUGCUAGUUGACAAAGCUGCACAGCUAGUAGAACAAAUAGCGACUAAGCGAGACAAGCAGUGGACACGUACUGAAUAUCAAAAUGCCUUAGCAAGUGCUGGUGAACAUCUAGCUCCUGGUGUUUUCAAACUGACAAUUUCUGGGCCGAAUAAGAGCUCUAGAUUGCCUAUUGAACAGCAACUAAAGGAAGAGGUGGAUAGCUAUGAGCUUGCUGUGAGUCAAACCAAUGAGUUUUUAGAGAAGAAAUCAAAACAAGAGGCGAUCAAAGUGUGUCUUCUUUGGGCUGAUAUUGCAAAGGUAUCAAGAGAGAACUCUGUGUGGAUUGUUGCUCGAUCGGCUUCUAGAUUCUGCUUGCAGUACGAUGAUGGUCGGUGGGAGACAACUAUAAGUGCUGCACCUGCACCCAUUGCCAAUGCACCAAGACUUGUGUACACUUCAGCAUCUGGUAGAAGGUCCACUAUAGGAGGUUCAUCUCAAGUGACUGUAUCGCAAGCUGGGCCAUUAUUAGCAGUUUUGACUAAUCAGGCGGUAGCAGUAAAUACAAAUGUAAAACGAGUGGCCAGAGGUCGCCAACAGACUGCAGUUGCAGCUGAUGAUGUGUCGGAGUUUAUGGCAAGACAUCUGUUACGGAGACUUGUUGAGGCCCACUUUACUUAUGCCGAGUCUCUUAUUGAGCUGCUCAUGAGGAAUGGUUUGAAUCUAUGUGACAAACCAGACAUCUCAACUAUCUUUUCCAAAAAAACUUCCAUCUCCACCUGCAAUGCUGAGUGGCAGCAAUACUGUGAUUGGACUUCAAGUUUGACUGCUGAAGCAGUUUCUCACUUUCAUCGAGCUGCACAAAUUGGUUGUCUGUUGAAGGAAAAAUGGAUUUUGUAUCAGACUUUGGGCUAUGUGUUUAACUACACAAACCAUGCUGUUAAGAAGGGCAGACUUGCUUCUUUAGUUUCACUCUAUAAACCACUCAUUGACAUGUACAUGUCACUCCAAGACAACGGAGAACUGGAACUGUUAUGUCAAAUGGUGACUGUUGUGGCCGGUGGACUGAUGGCUCCAAAUGAUGAUAGUAAGUCAGAUUCUGUCGGUAAGUCUGUGUAUAGUCAGCCUCCUGCAAAGAAGGGACCUGAUGUUAGGGUUGGUGUGGAGUCGCCUCAGGUUAAGACUACGAAAAAACAGCAGUUGGCAAGUAACAUGGCUGCAAAAGAUGAGCCUACAAGUGGACAACGCGAGACAGAGAAUCUUAAAGAUCUCAAAGCUGCUGUUGAGCUGUGUGAGCAAGCAAAUGGCAAGUGUGCUAGUCAAGUUGUAAGCAUGAAAGUAAGAAAGGAGCUGUUACAAGUUUGGGUUCAACUCAAGCAUUUGCUGCAACAAGCAAUGAACAAACCACACUAUGGCCAAGACAAUCCGAAUGAUAGUUUGACUAAUCACUGCAAGGCAAUUGUAGCCGUUGAGAUGCUCUCAUGCAGAGAUAAACCUCCAGGAAGCUUUUCCAGCUGCCCUUUACUGUCUGAAGCGAUUGCAAUGGUUGAAUGUUGUGAAUGGAUCGAUCCACUGAUUGAAAUGGAGAUGUGGUCUCGUUUGGCCAUGAUUGCUGCACAAAGCAGAGACGAAGAAAAAGGUUUGUUAUGUGCUGAUAAUUCGCUCAAGUUUUCACAGUACGAUGUAAAAGACGGCACAGGAUCCAAUGAAUCAAGGAGCAGAGAAAUUGUUCAGAAUGAAUUGGUCAGUAUUGCCUAUCGUGCCAAAGGAAUGCUUCAGAUGCUACGUGCAGGAGACACUACCAGUAAGAGACAACUGGCUCUCUCUGAGUUUGUUUGCAGCGCAAAACAUGCGUGUAAGUCAGAAAAUUACAAUCUGGUAAUAGAAGCUACCAGGCAUGCAUGGAAUCUCUGUUGCAAUGCCAGAACACAGACAGUUGAUAGAGAGUUAUUGAAAGAACCACUGGAACAACUUCUCAGAUACGUUGCUGAAGUAACAGGUAGAGACAGGGGAAGAGAUGCUGAAGAAGGCGACUUACAGUUGCCAAAGAUGGGAACUCCGGAAGACUUGAAAGUUCGAGUUGAAUUAUAUAUUAUUAUUUUUCGGUCAUAUGCUGACAAGUGUGAAUGGGAUUCUGGUUUGAAGUCAGUUGAUGAAGCUAUUUGGUAUAUGCCAAAAUCAACACACAGGACUCUUGUCGAAUAUCGAAUGUUGUUUAAAAACAAACUGGGGAAGUCUGUCACUGGUGACAUUCAGAGACUUGCAAUAGAGGAUGAAGAGUUUCUAGUGUCUCUGUGGCAUCGUGUGGCCAGAAAUAGUAACAAUCCACUUGAACAAUUUAGUUCAUUUACUGCAGCAAUUCAGACAGCAUCUACUAAAUGGCAGAAGAUUGAUUUGCUAAUGGAGCUUGCAAACUGGAUGCAUUUAAAAGAGUGGCCACGAGAAAACACGAUUAAGAUACUUGAUUCAACUGUUGGCCAAUUGUAUUUUGAUGAAGGUGUUUCUGAUCUUCCCAAGAUUUUGGCAACUCCUGAACCAACAGCAGUGAAACAGUCUGGAGGAUCAAAGGCUGUUAUUGCCAAUAAAGCCACUACUAGGGAGAAGUCUACUUCAGUAAUCAGGAGUGAAGAGAAUGAUGAUGUUUCUCUUGCUUGGCGAGACAAAGUCACUGGCUAUAGGAGACUAGAGACACUUCUCAGAUGCUACGUUAUGAUGGCUCAGGAAGUUGGUCGAUCAUCAAAAGAAUACCUGCACUAUUUGACCAAAGCUACUGGUUGCUGUCAUGAUAUCUGGAAACUACAAGGCAAUGUGCUAUCUUCAUCUACUUCUCAGGGAGAAAAGGAACGGCCAGAAGAUAAGAAGGGGAAAGAGACGAGGCUUGGGAAAACUACUAGUAACAGCAAACGCAAGGAGAAAUGCAUUCCAGUUCAAACAAUUACACCUGAUAACUUGGCUCAGUGGGCUACCUUUGAGUUGACAGAUGAGGUAAGAGAAUGUUUACGAAAUGAUACGACUGGGAAUGCGGUAAACAAAUUGACCGUUUGUAAAUUGGCAAGUUUAUUGCAUGGCAGGAUAGUUGAGGUGUUGACAGUGUUGGUUUCAGAGUUGGCUGACAAUGGAUUGCAGUCUUUUUGCUUUCCAGCUCUUGCAUUGCACCACCUUAUAGCAUUGGAUGUUGCUUGCAACGUAAAUAUGGUGGACUUGCUGCAUCUCAAGUUUAUUGAUUGUUGUCAGUCACUUGGUUUGAGUGAUGGAGUGGAAUAUCAUGAACAGUUUGUUACAAAGUUUGAAUUUCGACGGAUGGAUCAAUUAUUCGUUCUUUCCCAAAUUGAGAAGAAUGAAGAUCAGAGAAAUUUGUUGAAGGCAGAAGAAAAUCAGCAAGCCUUGGAGAAGAGGAGAAUUCAGGGCAUGCGUGAUGUUGCAGAAAUGGACAACAGCAAGGGAGAUGUUGUGAUAGGUUCCAAGUCGGCUCUGUCUGCCGAAAAUCGUAGCAAAUUGGAGCUGGUUGAAAUCUGGAUUGACCAGGCAGAAUUACAGCUAAAACAAGGUGACUUCAAGUCAGCCGCAGACAGGCUCGAGUUUUGUCGCACAGCUGCAAUGGGUUUCAAAGCUGAUUGGCUUUGGAGAAGAAUACUUUACAAUGAAGGAUGUAUGUCUUUGUUUCAGUGUGAAACGUCUGAGACAAUCAGGUUUCUGUCAGAUGCUCAGAAAUUUUAUGGAGAUCUUAAAUCAUGGAUGGACAUUUUGCUUAAACUAUCUGCAGCUUAUCAUGCAGAUCGUGAUGAAAAUAGCCAAGCAGUUGGCAUUCUAACCCAUGCAAUUACAUUGUUUGGCGAGUUAGCCGAAGAAAGACCGUAUUUGAGUAAUGAAUGCAGAUACAUACAAGCCGUUUUGCAAUCUCAAUGUGCUAUGUACAAAAUGAAAGACAUCAGCAAUACAAGCAGAUGGAGACAAUCUAGAAAGAGAACAGAAAUGAAACACGCUUUAGAAUUAUAUGAAAAGAGUAGUGACCAAUUGUUGCAGCUUCACUACACUCAACGAGCUAUAGAAGUGAUGCUGAAUCAUUCAAGAGACCUGAGAAUAUUUGCUGAAGGUACAUCUGACAUAGAACAGAGGCAUGAGAAGCUAUUAGAGGUUAAUUCUAUCCUACAAAAUGCUUUUCUCCGUGCGAAUUCUUUGUUUACAGAGACCUUGGCUCUUGUUGGAUCACAUCAAUUGAAUGGUUGCUGGCUACUAGUGCAUCAUCUUCUUGUGGAAGUUGGCUGUGAGUAUACAGACUUACUGUUGUUGGUUCUUGCUGAAGAAGGAAGUCGGAGAGCAGAAGAAAGACAUGCUGAAGGUGGAAAAUCCAGAGAGGAGAAGAUGUUAGAUUCAUACAGAAUGAGUCCAGUCCUCACAGAUACCCAAGAAAAGUGGAAAAGACUAACUGAGCAUUGUGUUGGCAUCGCUUUCUCGACUAUAAUGUCAUCUUAUCACAAAACUCAGUCAAUACAAUAUAUGAAGGAUAAGGUUACCCUUCAGCUUGGUCAGCUCUUAUGUUGGAUGGCUGACAUUGCUAGUACAACAUACAAUUGCUGGAGUUGUAGACACAUUGAAGCGAAGGAAACGUCAGUGGAAACUGAGGUAUUUGUUGAUAGAGAGACUUCAGAGGAGCUCAGUGAUCGAGAACAGUCUGAGACAACAGAGAGUGCUAAUAAAGAUACAUUUGUACUUCCAAAGACACCCUGGCAGUUUGCUCAAGGAGCAGAAAUUUUAGCACUUGCUGUCCAAGAUGCGUUGAACAAGGAAGCUAUACAUUCAGCAGCUGCAGGAUCACUUGAUUUGGUUGAAUGCUUUGGGAUGUGGGAUCAACUUCAGUCAGUUCAAUAUCUAAGUCUCUACCAGAGUUGUCGGGCAUCUGAGUAUCUGCAGUCCUUGAUAAGAAUAGCACAAAAUAAUGCAAACGUAUCACUACUUGCUUAUUUAUUCCAUCAACGUCAUCAUCUGCAGCAAUCCAGAACACUGGGGCCAUUGAGAGAAAGCAACAAGCGACAUUUGGAAAAAUUUGAGACUUAUCGCCGCAUGCAAGUUGGAACAAACCAUUUUGACUUGUUUUCUGCCAUGCCAGCAUCUUUUUGUUUUGUUAUGUUACAACACUCGCCAGACAGGAGAUGUUUGUAUGGCAGCAUUGUCAUGCCAAAUCAAGUUAAAAGUACAGAUGGUGAUCUUCCUUCCAUUGCUCGGGCUGCUGUUGAUCCUGCACGGCUGAAGAGACUGCUAGGAGACUUUGAACUUUACAAGAGGGAUCGUGAACAGCAUUUGCUGCAAUGCGACUUUUUGUUUGAGUCACAAGUGCAAAGUCAAGGUAGUGAUACAAAGUCUAGUGCAGUAGAAAUCGCAAUGAAGAAUGGAGAAUUGCUUGAGGUACGGUUUGCUGAGUUUGUAUUGUCUCUAAAUGCGUACUUUGAACCUCUGAUCAGUCAGCUGCCUAAGCCUUCGACCUUGGAAGAUGUUAGUGCAGUUGUGUUGUUGCUUGACGAAUGGCUUCUUCGACUUCCUGUAGAAUGUAUAAGUUGGCUGUCUGUUCCAUCCACAGUUGCUGUGACAAGGGAUGUCUCUCUUCAAGUUUUUUACUAUCGACUUCGUGACACAAUAGAAGAAGAUUUGCCACAAGAGCCAGCAGUUUUGAAUGCCAAGAAGAGUAAAGCUGGUGUAACACCAAGACCUGACAAAAGCAAGGAUGGAGAUAGGAAGAAAGAAAAAGUGAGCAGUGUUCCGCCGCCAAAGGUUGCACCAUCAAGCAUUUCAGUGGAUAUGAGCAAAGUGAAAUAUAUAUUAGAUCCUUAUGCCGACACUGACAUUCAGUCUGAUAAUCAGAUGGGUGUGUUAUCACCACAAAAUGAAGAGAAUGUAGUGUCUCAGGUUCAGAGUACUAUCAAGAGUUUGGGGCAACUGUCUGUCAAAUGGAGUGGACAACUCGGAAGAGACUUGAUACCGAGUUAUCAACAAUGGCGAGAUGCUCUUGCAACCUGUUCAUCAUUCAUCAUGUUUGGUGCAGAGAAAUUGCUUGGCUAUUAUCCACCUCAAAGAAUUUCAGCUCUGGACUUAUCUGGUUGUAGGGUUGCUGUGUUAGCCGACAAAGCACACACGAGUGCUAGUUUUCUCAAACAGUCAAAGCUUGAUGCAGACAAAUAUGAGGAUAGCCUGAGUCUGGAGGGCUCUGUUGAGACAGCACUGUUACUGUCAUUGAGUGGUGUUGGAUCUGUUUUUAUCAAUCAGUAUUCAUCAACUCCUAAAGACAAUUGUCAAUUUCUAUGUGACUGGCUUCAAGGAAUGGCUACUGAAGGCAAAACUGUCGGUGAAGCCCUGAAUAGUUGGCGAGAACCAAAUUCACUUGAUCAAACUCAUCCUUCUGAAACUGCAACUGAAGAAGAGGCUAACCCCGAAGGCACAACACAAUUGAAGAAAUCAUUCAGUCAGAACAAUCAACAGAACAUAAACAGCAAGACAUAUAAUAUUGUCCUCUAUGGGUUGCCUCAAGUUGUAUUCAAACCAAGUAGUUAGGAAGGAAUUGCUAUAUACCGUACACAAAGACAGAACUCAACUAUAGUAUUCAUACAUGCAAUAGUACUCAUGA